AUGGUUUCUCAUCUUCCAUAUGAAAUCAUCUUUGGGGAGAUACUUCCUCUAGUCCCUGCAAAAUCUCUUGUUAGAUUCAAGCGUGUGUGCAAGCUCUGGUGUGAUACAAUCUCCGAUCCUCAAUUCGUCCAUGCUCAUCUCAAUCGAAUGAAAUCUAAACCACUCAGCGGGAUCCUAACUCGGAGUUUGAUCAACAAAGGUGAUUAUUCAUUCUUAGAUCCUCAAAGAGAUGAGAAAUUUGACUUGUGCUUAAAGAAUUGCUUGGGAGAAGAAGAUGGUUUCUUAUAUUUGAAAGCUUCUUGUGAUGGACUACUACUUGUUCAUGCCGAAAGAAUCAUGGAAUGUCGAUAUGAACGUAACUAUUAUAUUUGCAAUCCGAUCACUCGUCGAUUUUUGAAGCUUCCUAUCCCUCCUUCCCAAUGGUUUGGUGCCUCUGGAUUGGCUUAUGAUGUUAGGAGCCGAUGUUAUAAGGUCGUUGGUUGGUUUGGAACCGGCGGUGAAGGCUGCAAGUGUAUGAUGUUUACAUUAAGAGAAGAUAUGAUCAAUAUUUGCGACGAAUCAUUUGAGUCAUUGAAAUCAUGGAAAGAGUUGAGUCUUCCAAGAGGGUGUAAACUACAAAGAUUUACUAGUCCAGCUUCUGUAAAAGGGGGAUUAUAUUGGGUGGCAUUCAAUCAUGAAUACAAUGAACACUGUAUUAUCUCAAUGGACAUCACAAGAGAGGUGUUCCUGGAAAUUAAAUUGCCAAGGUAUGAACCGAUCAAUCGAGUGUUCACCUUAGUGGGAUUUGAAGGAUCUUUAUAUCUAGCACAAUCUUCAUCUGUUCAUAAUACAUAUAAUCUUGGUUCUACUUUCUUAUGGGUUCUGGAGGACUUGGACAAAGACAACGUCUGGACCAAGCUAUGCUACUUUGAAUGUAAUGGUGGUGGUGGAGAUCAUGGUUCAGAGAUUCAUAAAUUUGUUUCUAAUUAUGACACUAAAUUGCUCCAGGAGAUAUGGUUGAUGGUCAUUAAGAAGGAUAGGGAGACCUAUAUGAUUUCAUAUUCUGAUACCCAUCUUAAUAGCCUUGUGACUUGGGAUGCUUGA